GCCUUAGUUGCCCCGCAGCUGCCGCGCGCGUCCGUCGCAUACUCUAUGCGACCCCGCUAUUCCUCUACCGUAAUAUGGAUAUACAGCAAAUCCGCGUUCUUAUCAACAUCCAGUUCGCUUAUUUGUGGUUCUGCGAAGUCUUUGACAAAUAUAAAUGGAUUAUAUUGUAAAGUGCCACAGGAAACUAAGAGUUUUUUUAAGAUAAGAGUGUGGCUGAACGGUGCAAAUGUGAAUUUAUAUUUAUACAAGUGUAGUGAAGUAUUAACUUAUUUAUUAGUUAACAUAUCCAGAUAUAUGAGGACCCAAAACAUGGAACGUUACAAACCCGAUGCGUUACGAUGGCGUGCUUCCUACAACAGUGAUUUAAAUUUAAACUAGUGCAUAGUGGUCCUAAAGUCUGAUCUGUUAGACUGCAUUAAAUUAUUUAUUAGUUAGUGUUUAUAUCGUGUGGAUUAUGCUGAUCAAUACGUUUUUGGACACGGAGGAUUUCGUGCAUUUGUAUUACCCGGAGGAUGAGCCUGCGGCCGUGCAGGGCUGUGGAGCCGGCGCGCGCAUGGCGUCCAAAUACCCGCCGAGACCACCCUCGCCAGAAUACUCACAGGUGGUAGUGCCAUCAACAAGCGAGAUGGGUGACCGAGAACGGUACCGUGCUCCUCCUCAACCAGAGCCGCCACCACACAGAGUGCGAGCUGCUGACCUCUACCCUCGACUGCGAACACAUUAUGAUGAACCAGGCCUAGAUGCUGGGUUCACGCCCAUAUGUGGGGAGUUUGUACAGUGGGUGGGCCGAACAACGGACGGCGGAACUAUCGCAAUGUCCAACUACCGUCUGCACGUCCAACCUCGUCGGAGGAACGACCCUGGUGCGUCCAUACCACUACGUCUGAUCGACCUGCCGGAGAUCCGAGACUUGUUGCACUUGAUUGUGCUCUGCAAAAAUGGAAGACAACUCAAAUGCUCAUUCAGCACAGGGGAUCAAUGCAUAGAAUGGUGGAGGCGGCUUACAACCGCGCUUGCCCCUAUAGGAUCCGUUCAGGAGACUUUCGCCGCGGCAUACGCGGCGUGGGCCAAAGAACAACCGCCCACGUCAGUGCACAGAGCACUAAUGAGGGCGUCACAGUCUCCACAAAGACAUUGGUUUGGUCCUGAGGUGGAGCGGUUAGGCUUCACUGCUAAGAACGCGUGGCGGGUGACGGCAGCUAACGCAGAGUACAAGUUGUGCCUCUCGUACCCACCUCUCCUCGUAGUGCCAGCGUCCAUCUGUGAUGAAGACCUUGAUUCAGUAGCUCGGUUUCGUGCAAUGCGUCGGAUACCGGCGGUGGUAUGGCGGCACCGUGGCAAUGGCGCCGUGAUCGCGCGCUCGUCGCAACCAGAGGUCGGCUGGCUCGGCUGGCGGUCCAGCGAGGAUGAACGGCUUCUUGCAGCCUUCGUCAACGCGUGCAACGCCGACCGGGGCAUGCAGCCUCCUAAUAAUAAUAAUAAGCAACUAAAACUACUAAUAGUGGACGCGCGUUCAUACGCGUCCGCGGUUACGAAUCGCGCGCGAGGCGGCGGGUGCGAAUGCCAACAAUACUACCCGGCCGCAGACAUACAGUUCAUGUGUCUACCCAACAUACAUCAUGUGAGGAGGAGCUUCCAACAGAUGAGGGCUUUGGCUGCUGAGCCGAGCGAUCAGGCCAAUUGGCACAGCAAUUUGGAGCGAACACUAUGGCUGCAGUACGUGUCAGGCGUAGUGCGCGCAUCCACCGUUGUCGCGCGAGCCGUGGCCGGAGGCAGGCCAGUUCUGGUGCAUUGCUCCGACGGUUGGGACCGCACGCCCCAGAUCGUGGCUGCCGCCCAACUCAUACUGGACCCGUAUUACAGAACUUUAGAGGGCUUUCGUAUACUGAUCGAGCGUGAAUGGCUGGACUUCGGUCACAAGUUCGCGGAUCGGUGUGGUCAUCAGUUCGGCCCCGAAGACCCCAACGAACGGUCUCCCAUCUUCCUGCAGUGGUUAGACGUCGUACAUCAGAUGAUGCUGCAAUUCCCUUGCAGCUUUGAAUUCAACGAAGCAUAUUUGAUAAAGCUAGGUACCCACGUACACUCGUGUAUGUUCGGUACGUUCCUGUGCAACACGGGCCUGGAGCGCAUCGAGUGUCGCGCGCAGGACCUCACGCCGCACGUGUGGCACCUACUGCGCGCGCCCGCCUACAGGAACCAUCUCUACUCGCCGCAUCAACUUGACCAGCAGGCGAUAUGGCCGGAGUACUCGGUGCGCACGAUGUGCGUGUGGAGCGGCAUGUUCUGCGAGAGCCCGCGGGACGAGCCGCGCGCCGAGCACAGGCCCGACCUGCCGCCGCAACCACUGCCCAUCACACCGCCACAUAACGGCUUGAUGACUAAGACGAGAUCAUGUGACAACUUACUGAAUGAGGCCGAGAAGCGGACUACUCAGCGAAGGUCAAGUGAUCCCAGCUUAGCACCUGAUGUUAUGAAACUAUCGAUGGUGGUGGGCGGGGAGUGCGAGAAGCGCGAGUGUCGCGCGGCGCUCACUGACAGCUGCGUCGACGAACUGCCGCUACUGCCCGUCUGUAACGACACCGGACCUGAUACGGUGGACGGUCUUCACCCAGACCAUUUUGAGAACAGCACAAGUCUUCCUCGCGACAUCGCAAGUGGCUCGUCCUCUUUGGAACGAGAGCUGGACGGUGCCGCAGAGCUUACUGACAAGAUAAUACCUGACCAGGUCAUAGACCAUACAGAAGAUUUGACCACGUCUGAUAAUAGCCAAGUUAAUGGUACAGCCGGUAGUGUCUCUGACGCCGCCGCUAGUGCAGCCUCGCCUGACGUCGAUACGCCUGAAGAACCGCCCGUGUUCGUCGUUGAUACUUACAGUGACGUCAUUGGGAUGGCCGAGGCUGCAAGGGAAUCAGCUCGUACGAGAAACAUAAGCAUAACCUGGCGAUCCGUAUCGGAGUCGAGCAACCAAUCUUCCACCGGCUUCGAGAUCAACGAGGGUCGGGCAGAACCACCGGCUUCCAGGAACACUUCCCACGACUCUUCACCGAUGGAUAACCAUACUACUGAGGACAGGACCAACCACAACGUGGUCACAGAAGAACAUACGAGAGAAAAUGGCGUAACUAACGGAACUGUGAACGGAAUCGACGAUGUCGGAACGAAGUUUCUAGAAGUUGAUCUAAAUGGAGGAGCGACAUCAAGCAGCAUUAGUUCAGAGAGUGAGGGCGAGGCACACACACAGCCACGGCGGACCGCACACACACACACACGCACCCGUGUUGCCAGCCAACUCACUCUAUGUCCUACUUCGCCGCGACGCAUUGCUUGUUGCCACUGCUCCAGACGAGCUAGCAAUACCAGUGGGAUCGAGACAUCAGGCGAGUCAGGAGGCAGCUCAGAGGUUUGUUGGUGUGGCGUAUGCGGCGGAGCGCUUGGCGGAGCCCGAGUACGUUGUGUAUGCGGAGCCCCGGCCCCCGCCGCCGCUACACCGGCCACCCAACGAGCAGACCCAGUAGACGGUCUACCACCAGCACUCGACCCACUGCAGGCCCGACUACAUCAGAUCAUACUCUAUCAAAAGAAAGUAGUGGAGGAACUAAGCGGCCAAUUACGUGAAGCGCGCGAAGCGUUGCGCCUAUCAUCUCCACCUGCACCCGCCCCGCCCCCAGUACCACACGCCGCCACGCCCACGCAAAAAACGAGCAGUGGCAGUGGGUCCGUGCGCGGCAGUGGCAGUAGCAGUGGCAGCGCGUCCGAGGUAGAGGUGGGCGAGGAGGCGCGCGGCGUGGUCUGGCUGCCCGACAGCGCCGCGCCGCGCUGCCAGUACUGUAGGAACCACUUCUGGCUCGCCCGGCGCAGGCACCACUGCAGACGAUGCGGCGGUAUCUUCUGCGGGUCGUGUUCGGAGAUGUCGUCGUGGGGCGACUGCGGCAGCAUGCGGGUGUGCAGGCGCUGCCGCGCGCUGCGGUGACUGGGCGCCCGGAGCCCCGCCCGGUGACUGCGCGCCUGGUCCAGCCUGGUCCUGGCCCGGCGCCCGCCGCCCGUCUCCCGCCUCUGCCGCCCGUCUGCAUACAUUAGCGUUCCUAUAACAAUACAGAAGCAAUACAAAACUAUAGUUACGACUAAACAGUUUUACGUUAAAUAACUAGUCAAGCCGCUUCGAUAACUAGCUUGUGAAACGUUUUCAAAACGCUAUUUAUCUACGAAUUAUGUAUGAGAAUUAUAAUUGAUUGUCAUCUUUAUUUUCAUUAAUAUCACCAUGACAUUAUUGUUUCAUUAUUUUUGUCCAAAUGUUAAAUGUGCUAACGACAUUGACCGACCGUAUCCGAACAGUGGAUGUGACGUGUGUUGUGACACGUAGUGUGUUGUGACACGAAGUGCUAGUGUUGGACGAUCUAGUCUCUCGUGGUUUGUGGGUUGGCGUUGGAUGGCAGGUCGCGGUAAUGUAGUUAGGAAAUGGUAUAGUGAAUUGUUACGCGAAGGCUGACUUUCUACGAUUAAUAUUUAAACUUUUUUCUACGACUGUUUUUUUCGGUCUGUAUAAAUAAAUUCACUAAAUGUAUUUUUUCUUUUCGAUUUAAUUUUUUCGUUAUGUUUUGUUAGUCGAGAGAGCGAUGGUUGUACCCUGGCCCACUGGUGUGAAUACAGUCACGUAACACUUUGUAUAAACUUGUUUUUUUUUUCUUUUUAUUUUGUAUUAUAGUGUUUCGUUUGUUCUAUUAUUAUUUUUGUACAGUAAGGUACUUUGUUUCACACUUGGUCAGACACUGCGACGUCCCCGGGCCACUGACUAGUUCGCUAGCCCCGCGUGACUCGGGGUUCAAUAGCCUUAAAUAAGACUUAAUUUGUAUAUUCGACAUUUUCCAUUAAUUUCAAAUGUAUAAGAUACAUUUCUUUGUACUAAUUAAUAUUCGACUGAAUUCGCUUAUGGAUAAGAAUAGAUGUCUAUAUUGGACAUAUUGAUUUAUGAAAUCCAUACUAAGCUUUAUGAUUACGUUGAUACAUUUAUAUUGUGUACUAAAUUUUCACAUCUUAAUUUCGUAGAGUAGAGCGUCAGAGUUCUGUAUUUUAUUUGUGAUAUUGUGAUGAUAAUUUUGUAUAAUGAUUAAGAGUUUAAUAACAUGUUGUUAGAGGUUAAAUUUUACAGGUGAUUACUUGAACCCUCGCGGUGCGUUGAUUUUGCUGUUUGUUGCAACGUUAGACGUGUACGCUAGGGACCACUCCCGCGUCUCUUGUCACGGGUCUCGCGCGCCCACCGCCACGGCGACGAGCGGACAGAUAGAACAGAUAAUAUAACCAAACAGCCUCACAUAUUCAAAGACAAACUAUAAACUUCUCUUCUAUACCAUAGCUGUUAUUUUUCAUAAACAUUUUUAUACAAACUGUACUGCAUCCGCUCCGUCGCCGAUGGUCGCGCGACAGCAAAUCUGCUUCGUAUAUAAAUAAAUGAUUUUGUAAUUUAUUCGUAAACUGAGGGGAUUGUUGUUAACUGCAUAUAUUUUAUAUUGUAAAGGAAAAGCUCGGAGUAACGUGUAAGUAUUGUCGAAGUGCAAAACUUGUUUGUGACCAAUGAAUAUUGACACGAUGUGAAAUAAAGCAUAUUUAGUUUUAUGAAA